CCGGCGAGAGACGACGAGAAGAACAGAAGAACUUAUUCUCCACUCUCAGAAAAAAACAAGACUUCUGAAAGGAUGGGAUCAACAGGAAUACAGAUCGUGUGUGUGGGUUUGGGAAUUCUGGGCCUCAUCGCUGCCAUCGUCACCUGCAUCCUCCCCAGCUGGAAGGUUUCCUCCUUCACCGGACAGAAUAUCAUCACGGCACAGGUGCAGCAGGAAGGCCUGUGGAUGGAGUGUGUGUACCAGAGCACGGGCCAGCAGCAGUGUAAAGCCUACGAAUCCCUGCUGAUCCUGGGCUCGGACAUCCAGGCAGCUCGUGCCAUGACCAUCGUGUGCUGCAUGGUGUCGGCGAUCUCCCUGCUGGUGCUGUUCGCCGGCGCCGAGUUCACCACGUGUGUCGAAAACGAGGAUGCCAAGCCGAAGAUCUGCCUGGCGGCGGGCGUGGGGAUGAUCAUAGCUGGCCUGCUGCUCAUCAUCCCCGUCAGCUGGACGGCCAAAAACGUCGUGAGCAACUUCAACAACCCGCUGGCGAGCCCAUCGAGCCGCAGAGAGCUCGGUCCGUGCAUCUUCAUCGGCUGGGCCGGAGGAGUGCUCCUCCUGCUGGGCGGAGGACUGCUGUGCUGCUUCAGCCGCCCGCAAUCCAGAGGCUCCGGAGGCACCGCCAAGUACUACAGCAACAGCGCCUCAGCUCCGGCUAAAAACUACGUCUAGACACGACGCUGCUCUGUAGAUGACGCCUCAAAUAGAAAACAUUUCAACUAGGGGUGUGAGGAUGUGUUGGUUUAAAACACUAUCACUGAUAAAUAUUAAUUAAAAGGGGCGGGGCAUUCAGAAUCAGAAUUGUAAACAAGGAAAAUAAAUAGAAAAGAUUCCAAAUAUCAAUAAAACACUAAGAUAAUCUAAAAUAGUAAGAUUAUUGAUAUUAUGCUACACAUUUAUAGAUAAUAAUGUGUCAUAAAUAUGAUGGUGCAUUAUUUUUACUUUUUAAAGUAAAGAUCACAACAUGAAACAAAUGAAAGAAAAAGCAGCUAAAGUUAGUUUGUACCAUCAUAUCCCAAAAAAACUGUAAUAUCUGGUUGUAUGAAAUUUGACAUCCAUUAGCUCCACCCCUAAUUUUAAUCAUUUAAAUAUGGGCGGGGCUUCUUUAACGAUGAAAUUUGGUGUGUGUGUUUGUGAGUGUUUUCAAGGAUAAGUCAAUCUCAAACCUCAGAGUCUGUAAAUAUUACAUUUUCAGGAUGAUGAAAAAUAUACAACAAUGAUUUUAUGUUCAUUUACACGUUUAUAAGAUUAUUAUUAUUAUUAUUAUUAUUAUUAUUAUUAUUAUUAUUAUUAUUUUGCAUAUUGUCAAAGCCGUCAUGAAAAAACAUCCUAUAGCUAUAAAUCAUAGGGAUAAAAUAACAAUGUUUCAGUGUUUUUUUAAUGAUGCAGUCAGAACAGCAAAUUUUUUAAGACAGCAGCGAAAUUAUAUAUUUUAUAGCAUUUAGCUUCAUCAAGAGUCUUUAAAUCGGCAAUGUUUCUGGUAAAUCCGUCCGUUAGAGCAGCUAAAGAUCAACACAAGUCAGGAUUUAUUCAGAGAUUGGCAUAGAAAAGCUUUUUAGACUUAUGUGAGAUACUACACGUGUGAUUAGCUGUGUAUAAUGUUUCUUUGUAACGAUAAAAUUAUAAAACUGUAAACUUCACGGCUUUGCUUUUUUAUUUUAAUAAAAUUAACAUUCCUAA